AUGGAGAGGCUAUACUUCGCCUUCGGGGUGAAAUUUCCAUUACUGCAUUACGGGGCGGAUCUGCAAACAAACCGUUACCAAGGUGGUUGCUCGUUUUUAUACCGGCGCAUAUUAGCAACCUCAUCGAGACUUCCCAAGACCCGGACUUCCCAAGGCCCGAGUCAAGCGCCGUCGGGGAGACCUAAGAAAAGAGGCAUUCAUUGGAAUCGUAAAAGGAAGGCAAAUAAGGGAGAGGGAGAAAAAAAUAAAAAAUUGAAAAAAGGAAAGGUCUUCUCGCCUGGGCGAAAAGAAAAGAAGCUCCGUUUUAUUCGCGAGGGAUCGAAACCUCGAUCCCUCGUCAGCGAAUUUGGGUGCCAAAGAUGGCGAGAGAUUUUCUGCGACGUCCGGAAUCCUUCUCCUCGUCGCCGCGGCCGGGCCUUCAUCUACAUCCAGGUGCGCCUUUUUGCAACACAAUCUGAGUAUGCAGAGCGCCUGGCGACCGUUGUGGAAUCUGAAAAUCAAUGCACAAGUCAAAUGCGAUUGUUUAUUGAACAAAUAAGCACGCAACAAGGAAAGAUAGUUGCAUUGGAAGAAGCGAAGCAAGUUAGAGAUGAAGAAUGUGCCCAGCUGAAGACUUUAAUUCGAGAUCUUGAAAGAAAGAAUCUUCAAAGCUCGAUUAGUGAAAAAGAGGUGCCUGUAGCCGCUGUUGUGAUAAUGGCUUGCAAUCGCCAAGACUAUCUAGAGAGGACAGUGGAAUCUGUCUUGAAAUAUCAGAGAUCAGUUGCUGCUAAAUUCCCACUUUUCAUAUCCCAGGAUGGAACAAAUCCAGAUGUUAAAACUAAAGCUCUGAGUUACAGUCAGAUAACAUAUAUGCAGCACUUGGAUUCUGAACCAGUGCAUACGGAAAGACCUGGCGAAAUAAUAGCAUACUACAAGAUUGCAAGACAUUACAAGUGGGCCCUAGACAAGCUAUUCACCAAGCAUAAUUUCAGACGAGUAAUCAUACUGGAAGAUGAUAUGGAGAUUGCACCAGAUUUUUUUGACUAUUUUGAGGCCACGUCUGCUUUACUUGAAAAGGAUAAAACGAUCAUGGCUGUUUCUUCUUGGAACGAUAAUGGACAAGUGGAGUUUGUGCAUGAUCCUGAAAUUCUUUAUCGUUCGGAUUUCUUUCCUGGGCUUGGAUGGAUGCUAACAAAAUCUAUAUGGGAUGAGCUAUCACCAAAGUGGCCUAAAGCUUAUUGGGAUGACUGGGUGAGGUUGAAGGAGGUACACAAAGAUCGCCAAUUUAUUCGUCCAGAAGUCUGCAGAACAUACAAUUUUGGUGAGCAUGGUUCUAGCAUGGGGCAAUUCUAUAAACAAUACUUGGAGCCUAUUAAACUAAAUGAUGUCUAUGUUGAUUGGAAAUCAGUGGAUCUGAGCUACCUGUUGGAGGACAAGUUUUUAAACCACUUUGCUCACAUUUUGUCCAAAGCUAGACCUGUUGAUGGACCUGAUGCUGUUCUGAAGGCGCACAGUGUAGAUGUUGAUGUGCGGAUCCAGUAUAGUGACCAGAGAGACUUUGAACGAUUAGCCCGUCAGUUUGGAAUAUUUGAUGAAUGGAAGGAUGGCAUUCCAAGAACUGCAUAUAAAGGAGUCGUAGUCUUUCGAUAUAGGAGGACUCAGAGGCGGGUAUUUUUCGUGGGUCCAGAUUCUCUCAAGCAGCUUGGGAUAGAGUAGUUGAUCCAUGAUCUUUGAUGAAUGAAAAAUAUACUUAUUGGAAAUAGUUGGGAAUGACUUCUGAGCCUUACUUAAGGAGGGAUUCAUGCGUGAAACUAAGAUAUCUGCAGGACAACUGACAAGCAUUUUGCAGGGUAUGCAAAUGUUCACAAAAAAAGGAUGGACCAACGGAGCACAGGCUCUGGAGAAAACACAGAAGAUCCAUCUUUCAGCAAACAUGACUCAUGAGUAAAUUCCCUUGAGUUUCUGUCUACUUGCAUUGGUUGUUCCUGUCAAAAGCACUCAUUUUUGACCUUAAUUUGUGUAUGUUACGGUACAAAAUGCUAUACAAAGUUUUCUUCACGCAGGGAAGAUUAUACAUUUUACAGAACAGUAAUUGAGAAAGCAAUAAUAUCAAAGGGUCGAUCUUGUUGAUCUUUGGAUA